AUGGGUGUUGUUGAUACCAAUUCGCCCAACGAUCUUGCCGAGUCCGACCCUGUGUCUGAUCUCGACAGGGGGGUGGUGGCAUGGGAUGACCAGCAUGACACCCAGAACCCAAGAAACUUCCCGUCGACGAAGAAAUCUACCAUUCUGGCCCUGCUUAGCUGCAUGAUAGUGCUUAGUUUCUUGACAUCUUCAAUCAUUGCGCCAGCUGCUUCGAGUAUUGACUCUGAGUUUCACAAUGAUUCAUCUACAGUGUCUUCAAUGGUUACAACUAUUUACGUCUUUGGCUACCUUGUCGGACCUCUUCUUCUAUCACCGCUCAGCGAAUUUUACGGUCGACGCGCAGUAUUCUACUACGCCAACAUCUUCUACACCCUCACCCACGUCGGCAGCGCCCUGUCCCCCAACAUCGGAAGUCUCCUCGCCUUCCGCACAAUUUCAGGCUUCGGCGCCUCAGCAUGCUUCUCCGUCGCGGGAGGCAUGUUGGCAGACCUUUACGACGUCCACGAGCGCGGCGCCCCAAACGCAAUCAUCACGACCGGGUCUCUAUUCGGGCCCGUGCUCGGGCCCUUGUUUGGAGGUAUCAUCACGCAACGCGCAGGGUGGCGCUGGAUCUUUUGGACGCUUCUCAUUGCCUCUGCCCUCGUGACGAUCCUGAUGAAUCUGCUCACCCCAGAGACGAAUGCGCAUAUCAUUCUACGCCAGAAAGCGUUGAGGAUCGGAAAAGAAACUGGGAGGACGGACUUACUGAGCUGUUAUGAUAACCAGGUCGGAAUAUCGUCCAAGAAGAAAACCCAAACACUUGGACAAGCACUUCAACGCCCCUGGACGAUGCUAUUCCGCUCACCCCUCGUGCCGGUCUUUUGCAUCAUGACGGGCUUCAUCUCCGCUCUCCUCUACAUCCUCCUCACAUCCACAUCCUCCUUCUUCCAAGAAGUCUACGGCUGGCCCCUCGAGACAGCCGGACUUGCCUACAUAGGCCUCGGCUUCGGAAGUCUAAUCGGUCUCCUCCUCUUCGCCAAAACCUCAGACCUCAUCGCCGCACUCCUCGCAAAGAAGAAUAGCGGCGUGUAUGAGCCAGAGAUGAGACUAGUCACCGCCUUCAUUCCAGCCCUGUUCAUCCCCGUCACGUUCUUCUGGUAUGGCUGGUCGACGUACGCGAGGGCGCAUUGGACCGUCCCCUUGAUCAGUUUGGCGCCGUUUGGAUUUGCUCAGGUUGGGAUCAACGCGUCUUCUCAGGCUUACUUGAUUGACGCCUCUGGGCCCUAUGCAUCCUCUUCGUAUGCUUGCGUUGUAUCGGCUCGCUGUCUUAUAGGUGGAUUUCUCCCUCUGGUUGGGCCUAGUCUGUACAGGAACCUUGGCCUAGGAUGGGGCAGUUCGGUGCUCGGUUUUGUUAGUUUGGCCAUGGUCCCGAUCCCUCUUCUGUUAUAUAGAUAUGGGCAAAAGCUUAGAGAGAGGAACCCUCUGAACAGGGCGUAG